AUGAAGGGUACAUCAAAGCUGGUUAAAGACUAUUUGAAGGAAGAAUAUCCGGGUAAACUCGAGACGCCUACAGCAAGUGAAUUAGUAGAACGCGUCAAAAGCAAGUAUGGACUUAUUGUGUCAUAUUUGAUGGCAUUAAGAGGCAAGCAUAGUGCAGAAAUGGUUGUCAUUGACGCAACGUUUCUAACAUGGUCGUACAAGGGUGCAUUAGUUGUUGCAACUGCACAAGAUGGUGAUCAUCACCAAUAUCAUUUGGCUUGGGAUAUAAUCGAUAGAGAAAAGGAUGCAUCAUGGGCAUGGUUUAUGGAAAGAUUGAAAGAUGUAAUACCAGAUGAAUCUGAUGUCGUUGUGUUAUCCGAUCGGCAUAGAAGCAUAAUUAAGGUUGUUAGAGAAGUGUACAAGGAAGCUGGCUACGGUUUUUGUGUAAGACACAUCGCACAAAAUAUAAAAGUCAAUGUUAAUAAAGGCGUGGUAAGAAAGUUUAAUAGAGGUGAAUCUGUCGCUUCACUAUUCUACAAAUGCGCAGAAGCUUAUACGCUCAACGAGUUUGAAGAGCGGUUUAAUGAUUUGAAAGUCAGGUUUCCCAAAUUUGCGGAGUAUAUGCAGAAAGAAGAACUUGAUCCCGAGAAAUGGGCAAGGGCAAAAUUUACACGUCAAAGGUAUAAUCUAUUGACUACAAAUGGGGCCGAAUCGAUUAACUCCGUAUUGAAGAAGGCAAAAAGGUUUCUGUUGCUUGGGUUGCUUGAUAUUUGUCUUGGAAAGACCGUGGAAUGGUUCAAUAGGCAUAGAAUGGAAGCAGGUUCAACUGAUGACUCUCAUAAGGUGACACCGUUUAUUGAUAAAGUGCUUCAUGAGCGGUACGAGAUAGCAUGUACAUAUGAGGUAACUGUGCUGAACAGUUUUACGGACGAGUUUGAGGUGAGAGAUAAAAUGGGUAGCUAACACUUGGUGAGUCUAGGGGAUAGAUCAUGCAGUUGUAAGAUGUUUGACAUAGACAAAUAUCCAUGCAGUCACACAAUCCCAGCAGUCCACAAGACUGGCAGAGGCAAUAUUAUACCGGACUUAUGAUCUCCAU